AUGAACAUGCCAUACGUAGCGUCUGACAGUGAGCUUCAAUUAUCCACCAUGGAAGAUUGCAGUGACGAUGGCACGGAGUUGUCGCCGGAGCCUUCUCCGCACGGUCCACCGCAACCUCAACCCAUUCCAAUUUGCGAUUCUACACCAAAAACGGUAGACCAGCGACAGCAAUUUGUAUACCAAGACACUAGCGAAGAGGAAGAAAGCUUGCCAUCGCUUCCCGAAGCACCUUCUCCCUAUUCUCCACCGCCGAACUCUUUAUUCAGUGGAGAAUCCUGGCAGCGAAGUUCGAAAGGUCACCGACGACGACGACCGCCUUUGCAUGAGGUCCGAUUGACUUCCGAAAGAGCCAACGGAGGACAGGCCGGUGGAAAGAAUGACGAUGACGAAGCCGUCGUUGCCACCAACCAAACGUUUGCUUCUGAGCCUUCCCUCGGUCAUCGCAUUCAUCGUCUUCUCAGACAAGAAGGAACGCCAGUCUCUUUUCGUGAUCCGUUCCCUCCUCAAUCAGCAAUAUCCAUUCCUCCCAUAUCGGCGGAUCGGUCGCACUUAUUACCCGCCGUGCUCGCCCUCAAGCGUGACCUUCAAACGUCCCAUCAAAGCCUUUACCUAUUGCAGCAGGAAAACAAAGCCUUAUCGUCCGAAUGUGAUCGGUUUUCGAGCCAAUACGAUGUUUGGCAAGAGAAUUUCAACCGUCAGCUCGAUCUCUCCAGACAGCAGCAGGAAGGGCUCGAACAAGAAGUGGAGCACUUGAAGCAGCAAAAUCAUUUGUUAGUGGAAGAAAGGAAAGCAGCGGCUAUCAAUGCCAACGAGAAUAUUGAACGUCUGAAACGAGAAAAAGCGGAAGCUCUUGAGGAGACAGAAUCCGUGAGGACGUCACUGCAAGACGCAAUUCACCUUCUCGAAUCUGAAAAGGAGCAACUCGAAAUAGAGAAGACCUCAACUGACUCCAAAUGGAAAAAAGACCUAAAACGGCUUGAAAGCGAAAGAACAGAAGCAGAGACUUGCUUACAACAGCGCAUCGAGACACUAGAAAAAGAGAAAGCUUUGGUCGCUUCUCGACUGCAAGAAAAAAUGGACGACCUGAUAGCCGAGAAGGUCAUGCUUGAAUCCCAACGAAAGGAACAGGUAGGACAGCUCGAGAAAGAUCAGAAACUGCUGAAAGCAGAGCUGGCGGAACAAAUAAAAGUUUUGGCAACGGAUGCGACAUCAGUGGAAACUGGACUUAGGCACGAAGUGCAGCAUCUGGAGAAGGCCCUCGAAACGGCGAUGACGGAAAAAACUAUACAGGAAUUGAAGUUCGAAAGUCUUGUUGCAGAUAACCUUAGCUACGAGCAGCAACUGGCGGAAAAGAAAGAGGAAAAUGACAGCCUUUCCAAAACUCUCGCUCAAUUGAGGCGAAGUGCUGAUUCAGGUGGGGAUCGCAAGGUCGAACAGUUGCAGACAGAGCUUCUUGAUGCAAAGGCACGUGUUAAAAGCGCAACAAUACAAGGUGCGAGAAAAACCCAACAAGCUAAGGAAGGCGGAGAGAAAAAAUCACACUUACUUCAAGGCCAAGUCAAUUCUUUACGACUGGAAGUCGACCAACUUAAGGCUGUGGCAAAGGAGUCCGAGCGUCGACACCGAAAACAGAUGGCCGAAACAGAGAGAAAGACUGAUGACUUACAACAGGAGGUCAAAAAUUUGAAACGUGAUCUUGAUGAAUCGACUGAAAGGGCGAACCAGCUGAUGGGCAACAAGGCAGCCUGCUGCUACGAUCAAGAUGAGAUUGAAUGUUCCUCAGCAGCUGGUGCUAGUCAUUCCAUUUCAGAACGUUUACUGCGCAUUCGCGAUGUUGCAGAACGGGCUCGGAUCGACCAAAACUUUCGGCGAGAGCUGACUCGAAUUCGGGCCCAGCAUGAAGGCGAGCUCAAGUCCGUCAAAGAUAGCCACGAGCAAACUCUAAAGGACAUUGUGCAUGGCGCGAAAGUUGAUGUUACAACCAAGGCUAAAGACUACAAGCGGAGGCUUCAGUCUGAAUACGAAGUGGAAAUUGAGGAUAUGAGGCGAAAGCAUGAUGCCCAAGUAACUCAGGUCAAGGUACGGCUAGAGCGAGAGCUUGAAGAAUCAGAAAAGGCAUUGGAAGCGACAAUCAAUCAGCUGUCAGCAACCACCAAAGAGUUGGAGCGAGAAAUGAUAGCUCGAGAGGGUCUACAGCAGACAGUGCAAGAUCUGGAGGAGAGAGUGCAACAAUACCAACAUGAUCAGUUUGUAGGUCGUAGCGAGUUGGAGACAAAUACCUUACAAGAAGGAUGGGCAAAGAAGACUAUGGAGCUCGUGACAUCAAUUCAGAAGGAUUGCAAUGAUGUAUUCGAUCGGCGGAAGAGAGAUGGAACAGCCCAUCAAUUAGAAACAAUGCGUGAACGAUGGACCGACCCAUCGCCUUCUCUUACCAAAAUUUCAGAACCUACACACACCUAUAGAGACCGAUCAGCGCAUGUGCUGCCAGUGUGGCAUCAAAGUCGGUCUUCAUGGAAACCCAACACUGCGUCAAUCGACAUUGAUAAAGCGCUUGACGAGACUGAAGCUAUCAUUCGAAGUCUAACUGGGGUAGAUGCACUAUUAUAA